CAAUAUACACGCGCCAUAUUGUGUUGCACUCGUUCUGUACUUCAAAGAUGGCGCUAUCAUGCGACUGUCCAAUGUCGCAGCCAGGACCUACGUUGGCGGCGACCUGCGGCGGCGGCGCCUUCAUGCUGUUCAUGGGACUGCUGGAAGUGUUCCUACGCAGUCAAUGCGAUCUUGAGGACCCGUGUGGGAGGCCGCAGUAUCGUCGCGAAAUGGAUUCAGUUUAUGACUUCAUCGUAGUAGGAGGUGGAUCAGCGGGCUCCGUGCUCGCCGCGAGGCUUUCGGAGGUGCCUCAGUGGAGGGUGUUAUUAUUGGAGGCAGGCUUCGACGAGCCGACGGGAACGCAAGUGCCGUCCAUGUUUCUGAACUUCAUCGGAUCUGCUAUCGACUGGGGGUACCACACGGAACCUGAGCCAGCCGCGUGUCUUGGGGAGAAAGACCGCAAAUGUUACUGGCCGCGUGGGAAGGUGUUGGGCGGUACGUCGGUGAUGAACGGUAUGAUGUACAUGCGUGGCUCCCGGCAUGACUACGAUGGAUGGGCGGCCGCCGGCAACGAGGGCUGGGCCUACGAUGAUGUCCUUCCUUACUUCAUCAAGUCUGAGGAUAACCGACAGAUGCAUGACGUCGACGAUGGCUACCACGGCACGGGUGGCCCUCUCACAGUGGAGCAGUUCCCCUAUCAUCCACCUCUCAGUCACAGUCUGCUUAAAGCCGGAGAGGAGCUUGGUUAUCAAGUCCGUGACCUAAAUGGAGCUAUCCACACUGGCUUCAGCAUCGCUCAAACAACGCAUCGCAACGGAUCUCGAGUUAGCGUGGCGCGGGCUUUCUUGCGUCCUGCAAGGCAUCGCCCCAAUCUCCACGUGAUGCUUAAUGCCACAGCAUCCCGAGUACGCAUCAAUACCACUACGAGGCGCGCCUACGCUGUUGAUAUUGUCAACUCUUACGGCCGUUCCGAGACCGUCUUUGCUAAUAACGAAAUUAUUCUAAGCGCGGGCGCCAUAGGGAGUCCGCAAUUGCUUCAGCUAAGCGGGGUGGGUCCCGCGGACGUGUUGAAUCGGGCGGGAGUGGAGGUCAUCCAUGAGCUGCCUGGUGUGGGUCGCAACCUACACAACCACGUCACGCAUUUCCUCAGCUUCUACUUAAAAGACAAUAACACCGCGCCUCUCAACUGGGCCACCGCUAUGGAAUAUCUUCUCUUCCGUGACGGGCUCAUGUCCGGAACCGGAAUUUCUGAAGUAACCGCAUUCAUCAACACGAAGUAUGUGAACCCGGAAGAAGACAAUCCCGACAUUCAAAUGUUUUUCGGCGGGUUCCUCGCAGACUGUGCCAAGACCGGGAUGUUGGGGGAGAGUAAGGGAGAAGGCGCCCGUUCUGUACAAAUGUUUCCUGCUGUGCUGCGACCAAAAAGUCGUGGCCGUCUGGAAAUCGUUAGCCCUGACCCUUUCCAGCAUCCCAAGAUUUUUGCCAAUUACUUGACCCAUCCAGAUGAUGUGAAGACCCUGAUAGAGGGCAUCAAGUUUGCGGUCCGCUUGUCCGAGACCGGAGCCUUGAAGAAGUACGGAAUAAAGCUUGAUCGUACCUCAGUGAAGGGAUGUGAAAGGUAUCGGUUCGGGUGCGACGCUUACUGGGAAUGUGCGGUGCGCAUGCAGACUGGGCCGGAGAACCACCAGGCAGGCUCAUGUAGAAUGGGGCCUCGUGGUGACCCACUCGCGUGCGUCGACCCGCUCUUGCAGGUGCAAGGUAUAGAUCGGCUCCGCGUGGUGGAUGCUAGCGUGAUGCCAGCUGCGCCGUCCGGGAACACCAACGCGCCAACUGUCAUGAUAGCAGAACGCGCUGCAGACUUCAUAAAGCAACGCUGGCUGGGCGCGACACAAGUAUGUAUUCACUUGUAGUGAAUCAUAAUAUAGAACCAAUCGGUUUUCUGACUAAAAACAGGGGAGUUAGAAAGCACCCAGAUUAAUUUCUGUUAUUUAUUACUCCUUUAUCACAAAACUAUUAAAGUAAUUUAAAAACCAGACUCAUUAGUAUUGAAUUUAUCCGAAAAUGUUGUAAUAAAACAAUAUUGGAAAUUUCACUCUAUUGGUUUGCGGUAUCUAUAUCUUCUCUAUCAUGAGGGCAGUGGCCCCCCCACCGCCGUUACACGUGGUAGCCACGCCCAGCUGUCCACAACGCAGUACAUGGCUGAGAUGUGCUACGAGUCGUGUACCAGACAUGCCCAGUGGGUGACCAAGGCUCACUGCACUGCCGUGCACGUUGACAUUGCUAGUCUCUAAACCCAAUAUACGCCGGUUAGCGAUCCCCACAAUGCUGAACGGCUCAUUUAUCUCCCACAGGGAUACACUCUCCUUUGAAACGCCGGUUUUCUCUAGUAGUUUAGUGACAGCAUCAGCCGGUGCAAUAGGAAACUCGAUAGGUUCCCUCUCGGCAUCCGCGUACCCCACUACUCUGGCCAGCGGCUUCACUUUUAGUCUGUCGGCAGCUUCUGAGGUCAUCAUCAGCACAGCAGCCCCUCCAUCGCUGAGACCAGCCGAGUUUCCAGCAGUUAUCGUGCCUCGUUUCUGAAAUGCCGGUUGCAGUUUUGUAAAUGUCUCGAAAUUGAACCUCUUAUAUUCAUCAUCCUCUGCCACGAUAAUUGGCGUUCCCUUUCUUUGCGGCACCGUGACAGGGAUAAUUUGCUCCGCGAAAACGUUAUCCUCGUAAGCAGCGAUAGUCCUUCUGUAAGUUUCAAUGGCGUGGUCGUCCUGCUCGCACCUCGGGAUUUUAAACUUGUUGGCGACGUAUUCGCCGCAGUCUCCCAUAUGUAUAUUAUGCUCGACAUCAGUCAGGCCGUCGUGAAGGAUGCCAUCCACAAGAUGCAGUCCGCCGUACGGGGUGUCACCGCGCCGCAAAUAGAACGGUACAUUCGACAUGGAUUCGAUACCUCCGGCUAGGACCACAUCGUGUGUCCUAGUCUGUAGCGCUUGCGCAGCCAAUGUCACGGCUUUGAGACCCGAUGAGCAUACUUUAUUAAUUGUGGUGCAAACUGUGCUUGCAGGUAGACCGCCGUUAACUGCAGUCUGACGAGCUGGCGCUUGUCUCAAAUACGCUGAGCACACGUUGCCUAUGAAAACCUGCAAAAAAUACAGCAUAUCACAGAUAUGAAGACUGUACUACUAUCUGUCUCCUAUAUGUUGUUCCUAGAAAUAUCAAGCAAAAAUACAUAGAUUAAUACGUCUCGAUGUAGUAUGAGUACCUCUUGGACUUCUUCGGGUGAUAUGUGGGCCCGAUCAACGGCGCCCUUAAUGGCUAUACCGCCUAGUUCGGUGGCGGUGAGAGUGGACAAUCUGCCUUGAAAACAUCCGAUCGGAGUACGGACUGCCGACACUAUUACCGCCUCGCUAAGACCAAUUUUCGACAUUGUAAUCGAUUUUGUUGACAACAAACAAUCCUUAAACUGAUCCACAACAAAACAAAUCACAAUUCAUAAAUUCUAAGAUUAAAAUACAACGUUCAAUGUUCAAGUACCGCAUGACAUUGAAUGAUUCAAGUACAUUGCACAAUGGAAUAUUCUAUAACGAGCUAGAUACUGCAACUGCCUCGUAAUACGGUAACUAUAUGCAUUUUGCAUUGCGUAUCGGCAAUAGAAAAUCCCCAGUAACAUAUAGUGAUUUGUAAUUUGUAUAAUGUACCUAACCCCACGCAGGUGUCAGCAGACAUCUCUAACGUGCUGAGCCCCAGCGAGAGUCGCUAUCCAGGGUGGCUCUGACCCGCCGUCCUUAAAUCUCAUCUCUCGAUUCAGAGGUUUAGCUAUACAUACAAUUAUUUUAAAAUGAUACCCUGUUACCCAUCUAUAUAUAUAUAACGGCAGACACACUAAGAACUAAGACUUAUUUAUUUUGAAGCGAGUGGUAAGAUCAUAUAUCAUAUUUACAUAAACGUUUUUUUAUCGAAGGAUUCGGAUGAAUCAUUCUUAUGUUUUGUAUUAAAUUGUAUACUGUAAAUCUAGUGAUGUAGUCGGUAAUGUAGUUCCGAGAUAGUUGCUAUGGUUACGGUAUCUGUUUUUAAAUUAGUAGUAAAAACUGAAAUUUGUAAUUGAAAGUGUAAUAUUUUUUUGUAAAAUAAUGUUCACCGUAAUUGUCAUGUAUUUUAGAACAGACAGAUUGUAACUUAUAGUGUAGAAAACGUAUGAUGUGGUGUACUUUAAUACAUAGAUAGAUACAAGAAAUGGUAUCCUCGGAAACAUAUACGGUACGGUAUUUCCUCUUCAGGCCGGUAGAGUUUAGAACUUGAUGAUGAUACAUAAUAAUUUUUGUACAAAAUACUCAAUUUAGUUAAUUUAUUAAACAAGGAGAAUAUAUAAACGUGUUUUAUUGUGUUUCAACGAUUGUGAGAGGUCGGGCUAGAGAUGCAAGUUGUUGAGGUUGGAGCCCGAGUGCUGCGGCAGCGCGUCGGCCGGGCGCAAGAGCAGCGUGCCCACCGGCGCCAGAGCCCGAUCUCUCUCUUCCAGCCGGAGCAUGUCCUGGCGUAGCUUGCGAAGGACGGCGCGGUUGGGCCGGUGCCGCCGCGCCUGCUCCUGCAGCAGCGUGAUCUGCUGCUCGUGAAGCUUCCUCUCGGCGCACGAGGGCACCGAACGCGAGCCGUACAGGCGCAGCAGCGAACCCCACGAGCGCACGUGAGGGUGCAGCGACUGAAGGAUGGCCUGCGAGGCGCGCUGCUUGGCCGCUUUCUUGUUAUUGCACACGACGACCGCGCUGUGCUUGCCCACCUUCAUGGUCAGCUGGAUCUUCUGGUACUCCAACUUGUCCACCUGCAACGAGGGAUCGGUCAGAGGCGGCAGGGCGAGGGCGCGGGCGGCGGAGGGGAGGGGGCACCGACCGUGACAUCGAUGUGGCGGUCGCCGGCGCCGAAGUUGCGCAGCAGGCACGUGCGCAGAAUGGCGUGGGGCGAGGGCUCGCAGGUGGCGACGCAGAACUCGGCCACCCGCGGGUCCUCGACGCCCACGUAGUCGAAGAACGAGAAGUCCGGCUCGGGCGCAUCGGGCGCGGCCAGCUCGUCCUUCAUCUCGGGGAUGAGAAUGCGGAUGGAGGCGCGGGCGGCGGCCGCUUUGGCCUGGCGCUUGGAGCUGCCGACGCCGACUCCGUACUGCAUGUCGCCUAUGAACACGGUGGCCUGGUAGGGCGUGGCGGCGUUCUCCAGCUGCGUGAAGUGGUACGCGGGCUGUUGUUGCAGGGCGCGGUUCACGUACUCGUGGAACACUGACAGGAGCGAUCCUCGUUCGGCAGCUAUGUCGAGAAGCUUUUCAUUACCGUCCUGUCCCGUGGUUGGGAUGGUGAUGAGCUUGGUGCCUUCGGGCAGAGACGGGUACUGCAGCGCCUUACGGGCCUUCGUGUACUUGCGACGAUCCGCCCAGCGACUGAAACGCAGUAGGGCUUGGCGAGGGUGACGAUGCGCGUGGGUCGGUGCAUGUACACCGGGAUGCCGCUCAUGUGACGCGCGCAGAUCCAAUCCAAAGGCAACACUUCGAACGGAUUGGUGCCUUUCUCUGCCGCAAACAGUAGAUAAUUCAAUCAGACUGUGCAUAUUGCCAAAAAUUUCUGUUAGGGUCUUUAUAAAUUCAUGUUUAUAUCCAGUAAGAAGUUACCUACAUCAAAAUGGCUAAUAAUUUAAAUAAAAAUCAAAAAUACUUGUUUUAUAUCUGUAGUUUUCAGCAAACAAAAUACCAUCAAUUGUUACACAUUCAGAGUUUAUGCUGCAUUGCUAGCUGAAGGUUUGGAUUAGAUGUUGCCAAGUUGGCCGUCCAAGUCUUACCUUCCAUAACUAUUUUAGACCUCAAAACAUAUGGCUUCUCUUUAGGCUUUGGUGCUCCUUUGAAAUCAUCAGGAAGAUCAUCCUCUAACAUCUUUUCAAUCUCUUCCUCUGGUAGUUCUGAAAUUUAUUUAUGUAAUAAUUUAUUAGAGAUAUAAAACCCUG